AUGUCCAAGAUGAAACGAGCAAAUAAGGAGGUCGAGGUCAAGGCCUCCAAAAAAGCCAAAGUCGCCAAAGGCAAUUCUGAGAAGAGCAAACCCUUUGCCGGACAGGACUUCAUUGGCUUCAACGAUGUCAAAGAUGAAAGUACUCUGGCCGCAGGAGAGGAAGUCAAGUCGACGAAACAAAGGGAAAAUUACACAUCUCAGAAAUAUACUUCCCCCCGGAGGCCUGAGCCAUAUCUGAACGGCAGCACAUCGCGCGAAGUGCAUGCGAAGCAAAAAGCGCUAACCCAAGACCGAAAAGCCGCAAAGCCGCACGCCGACUCGAUCGCCCGCUCGAAGAAGAUCUGGGAGCGUCUACGGCGGAAAUCGCAUGUUGAGAAAUCCGAGCGGGACGAACUGGUCAAAGAACUGUUUGAGAUAAUAUCGGACAGAGUGAAGGACUUUGUCUUUAAGCACGAUUCGGUACGAGUCAUACAGUGUGCGUUGAAAUACGCUACGCCGGCGCAGAGGAGGCAGAUCACGCAGGAGUUGAAGGGCAGUUACAGAGAACUAGCGGAGUCCAGAUAUGCCAAGUUUCUGAUCGCAAAAAUGGUCAUGGGCGACGAUGAGAGUCGAGACGCUGUUGUCGAGGAGUUCUAUGGCCAUGUUAAAAGGCUCAUUCGCCAUCCCGAGGCGAGUUGGAUCGUCGACGAUAUAUACCGGGCCAUUGCGACGAAGCAGCAAAAGGCCAUUAUGUUGAGAGAAUGGUACGGGCCGGAGUUUGUCGUGUUUGGUCACAAACACGGUGGAACGUCUGAAAAAGUGACGGCAGAGUUGUCGGAGAUUCUGGCGCGGAAUCCUGAAAAGAGAAGUCCAAUCAUGCAACAUCUGAGAGAAAUGACGAACCAGCUGGUGCAGAAGAAGACGACGGGUUUUACGAUCCUUCACGACGCCCUAUUGCAGUACUUCCUCAACUGCAAGCCAGACAGUCCGGAAGUGACAGAGUUCUUGUCAAUGCUUCGCGAUGACGAGGAAGGUGAUUGCUACAAAAACCUGGCUUUCACGAAAUCUGGCUCCCGGCUUGUAUGCCUUGCUCUCGCACACGGCAACUCGAAGGACAGACGAGGCAUUCUGAGGUUCUUCAAGACGCACAUCAAACUCCUGGCCUCAGACGUCUACGGGCACAGCGUCCUUCUCACCGCCUAUGAAGUUAUCGACGAUACCGUGAUGACUUCCAAGGCCAUCUUCUCCGAACUUCUCAGCAAGGAUCUCGACAAGGAGGGCCGCGAACAAGAAUUGAUGGCACAAACCGGGCACCUCACGGCACGGAUUCCACUAUUGUAUCUUAUGUCGACCGAACCUCCGAAAUGGCUCACGACCGACGAGAGCACGGCCAUCAUCAAGGAAAUCCGUGAGAUACGAACAAAAACCUCGAAGAAAGACCCGGAGACUCGGCGGACGGAGCUGCUGAAAGCCAUCUCCCAGCCGUUACUGGAUCUGAUUGCCUCGAAGGCGAAAUUUCUUGCACAGUCGAGUUUCGGUUGUCAAUUCAUGACAGAGACUCUUCUCGGCGCGAUUGGGGAGCGGGAGCCUGCACUCGCUGCAAUCGCGCAUCUUGCGACUGAAAGCCCCGAGAUUGAGGAAGCCGAAACUCAAAAUUCCCACAUUCUUGCCUCGCGAGGGUUUGGACGCCUGCUCAAGGCCCUGGUACAAGGUGGACGUUUUGUCCGAUCCACAAACAGUAUCGAACGGGUGGAGCCGCCGUUGAAGUUUCAUGACUUGCUGUACAUGCAGAUCCAGGGCCAGGGCGACGGAGAUGAGGCGAUCGUCGCUUGGGCAAACGGACCAAACUCGUUUGUUGUGGUGGCGAUGCUCGAGGCCGAAGAUUUCAGUCAUCGGGAUGAUCUUAUCCAGCAACUCAUGCGGAAGGCUACAUCGUUGGAUGUCAAUGUCCCUGGUGCGAAAAUCAUAUUGGAGAAGAUUGGAACCGAAGUAUGA